AUGCCCUCCAUCACACAAGUAGUCUUGAUCGUCUCCUUUUUUGUAAUUGCUGAAUCGCAUAAUUGUGGCGAAGGCUCCUUCUGCCCAGACUCAGCGACUUGCUGUCGGCUGCCGGGUGAAGUGUUUUAUCAGGAAGGAAGCCAAAGACCAGAAAUCACGGAGGAAGAUGAAUCUUUGUCUGUAUCGAGGCGCAAGAUGCCAACAGGAAGCACGUGCUGUAUGCUCGUGAGUGGAAGGUACGGAUGCUGUCCAGUAGAAGAAGCGAACUGCUGUGCUGAUCACCUUCACUGCUGUCCAAGUGGCUUCACUUGCGACACAUCUGGGCAACGGUGUAUCCAGAACAAGGUGAAAUUCAACAGUCAUCUU